GCGGCGGCGGCGGCGGCGGCGGCGGCGCGAGUGAAGCGAGGGAGCGGCGCGAGCAGCAGCAUGACUCGGAGGCGGAGCAGGCCGAGCGGCGGCGCGGGUCGGCGCGAGCGGAUGCGGGCCGCGGGGCAGCAAAAGCCCCAGGCUCCCGAGCCCCCGCCGCCGCCGAGCCUGGAAGCGGGAGCGGGUGCAGGGCCCCCGGCGGCGCCCGUGGAGCCGGACCGCGACGGCCCCAGGGAGGAGGACGAGCCCAAGUUGGCGCCCGGACCGCAGGUCCCCCCCACCUCCACCCAGUCUGUGCAGACUUGCUGCCUGCUAUGUCAUCGGGAACGCAAAGGCUGGGAAGAAGGCCCUUCCCAAAACGGACUGGUGUUGCAGGGUGAGAAGCUGCCCCCUGACUUCAUGCCAAAGCUUGUCAAGAAUCUCCUAGGCGAGAUGCCUCUAUGGGUCUGCCAGAGUUGCCGAAAGAGCAUGGAGGAAGAUGAAAGGCAGACAGGUCGAGAGCAUGCAGUGGCGAUCUCCUUGUCACACACAUCCUGCAAAUCACAGUCUUGUGGGGGUGACUCUCAUUCCUCUUCGUCCUCCUCUUCAUCGUCCUCGUCCUCCUCCUCCUGCCAUGGGAACUCAGGGGACUGGGAUCCCAGCUCCUUCCUGUCAGCACAUAAGCUUUCAGGCCUCUGGAACUCUCCGCACUCCAGUGGGGCCGUGCCGGGUAGCUCACUCGGGAGUCCUCCUACCAUCCCUGGUGAGGUUUUCUCUCUCUCGGAGCACCACCGGCACUCAGACCUCACUGCUCCACCCAACAGCCCCACUGGCCACCACCCCCAGCCAGCAUCGCUGAGCCCAUCUCAGCCCGGAUCCUUCGGCUCACCACCCCACCCGCACCUGCUGCCUGCUACCCCGGCAGCGCCUUUCCCUGCCCAGGCUUCAGAAUGCCCUGUUGCCACUGCUGCCGCCCCCCACACCCCAGGGGCAUGUCAGACCCCCCACCUGCCCUCCACCAGCAUGCCACUCCUGAAGAUGCCUCCACCAUUCUCGGGGUGCAGCCACCCCUGUAGCGGGCACUGCAGCGGGCACUGCAGUGGGCCUCUCCUCCCACCUCCCAGCUCUCAGCAACUCCCUAGCACUCACAGCAGGGACCCUGGGUGCAAGGGGCACAGGUUUCCGCACAGCGGCCUGGCCUGCCAGCUCCCCCAGCCCUGCGAGGCAGAUGAGGGCCUGGGUGAGGAAGAGGACAGCAGCUCAGAGCGCAGCUCCUGCACCUCCUCCUCCACUCACCAGAGAGAUGGAAAGUUCUGUGACUGCUGCUACUGUGAGUUCUUCGGCCACAAUGCGCCACCCGCUGCCCCGACGAGUCGGAAUUACACAGAGAUCCGCGAGAAGCUCCGCUCGAGGCUGACCAGGCGGAAAGAGGAGCUGCCCGUGAAGGGGGGCGCCCUGGGCGGGAUCCCUGGGGAGCCCGCCGUGGACCACCGAGAUGUGGAUGAGCUGCUGGAAUUCAUCAACAGCACGGAGCCCAAAGUCCCCAACAGCGCCAGGGCCGCCAAGCGGGCCCGGCACAAGCUGAAAAAGAAGGAAAAGGAGAAGGCCCACUUGGCAGCAGAAGCUCUAAAGCAGGUGAAUCGUAGUGUUUCUGGAAGCCGGGAGCCUAGGCCUGCCAGGGAGAGGCUCUUGGAGUGGCCUGACCGGGAGCUGGAUCGGGUCAACAGCUUCCUGAGCAGCCGUCUGCAAGAGAUCAAGAACACUGUCAAGGACUCUAUCCGUGCCAGCUUCAGUGUGUGUGAGCUCAACAUGGACAGCAAUGGAUUCUCUAAGGAGGGGGCUGCUGAGUCAGAGUCCCAGAGCCUAUCCCCCUCAGACCUCAAUGGCUCCUCAGAGCAACGGCCUGACAUUAACCUUGACCUGUCCCCUUUGACUUUGGGGUCCUCUCAGAACCACAUGCUACGAGUUCCAGGUGAGCCAGCCCCACCGUGGACAGAAAUGAGAGGCUCUCACCCACCAUGGACAGAGGUGAGGGGGCCCCCUCCCGGUAUCAUCCCUGAGAAUGGGCUAGUGAGGAGACUCAACGCCGUGCCCAACCUUUCCCGGGUGAUCUGGGUCAAGACACCCAAGCCAGGCAACCCUAGCCCUGAGGAGCCAAGCCCAAAGGAGGUUCCCAGUUGCAAGCAGGAGCUGCCCGAGCCUAUGGCCUCAAGUGGGAAGCCGCGGAAGGGCAAGAGACAGGGCAGUCAGGCCAAGAAGAACGAGGCGAGCCCAGCCCCCCAGUCCCCAGCCAGCCUCGAGGCUCCCAGUGCCAAGGGCCAGACCCCCAGCUCCAAGCAGCCAGGCAAGGCCCCAGAGCCUCCCAAAGUGGGCAGCUGUGCCGAGGCUGGAGAGGGGAGCCGGGGGAGCCAGCCAGGACCAGGCUGGGCUGGCAGCCCCAAAGCCGACGAGAAGGGCAGCUCCUGGCGAAACUGGCCAGGUGAGGCCAAAGCACGGCCUCUGGAGCAGGAGUCCAUGCAGCCCCCAGGCCCAGCGAGGCCACAGAGCUUGCCGCAGGGCAAGGGCCGCAGCCGCCGGAGCCGCAACAAGCAGGAGAAGACGGCCGCCUCCCUGGACGAUGUGUUCCUGCCCAAGGACAUGGAUGGGGUGGAGAUGGAUGAGACUGACCGGGAGGUGGAGUACUUCAAGAGGUUCUGUUUGGAUUCUGCAAAGCAAACUCGCCAGAAAGUUGCUGUGAACUGGACCAACUUCAGCCUCAAGAAAACCACUCCCAGCACAGCUCAGUGAGCCCCCUGCCGGGUCGAGCUGCUUCAGGGUGUCCUGAGACCCCAACUGCCAGCUGAAGGUCUACAGUUUCUUCCUCCACAUCCCUACCCACCUGCCCACGAUCCUCCCUGCUCCUCGCCAUCCUGGACCAACCAAAAGUUGAACGGAUGCUGUGCCGUGCUGGGGCCCCUCAGGACCUCCGCAGAGCCGCUUCCUGGUGCUACCCAGCCUCCUCACUCAGAGCCUGGGGGCUGGACUGGCCUGUGGGCCGGGGGCUGAUGGUACUGCUGGCCCAACACUGCUCUCUUUGUGUUUGGUUUUGUUUUUGUUCUUGUUUUUCAAUUCUUUACUUUUGAUACUGUGAAGAUCUUUCCUGCAGAAAGAUAAAGCAACAUUUGGACACAG